AUGUCUCUACCUAACUGGAAGGGCCUCUUAAAAUGGUCACUCUCAAAGGUCGACCCCAAAAGGAAAGAUGAGGAAGUGAAGAAAAUGUCUAAGGAGGACAUGGAGUUUCUUGAAGGCGCCAUGGCUUCAGUAAAUGAACACGAGAAAGAGAUUGCAAACUCAGUUUCUGAAGUUAACAGGAUCUCUAAGGCAUUUGCAACUUCAGAAAAUGCAGAAGAUAAGAGCAAAGGUGUCGAGUUUGACAAAAAGGUUCUAUUGGAAUCUCUAGAUAAACUAGAGGAACACUUUGAAGAACACCCUAGCAACGCUACAAGUCUUGCACGCCAAGGGCUCCUAGAGUCAUUCACACUUUUACUAAAGAGUGAUGAUCUAGAGGUGUUAUCAGCAACCCUCUCUAUUAUUUCAUGUUCAUUCUCAAACAACGAGUCUGUGCUGGAGGACGCCUCCAAGACCCAGCUGGUUCCAAAUCUUCUGAAACUAAAGGCUAAGUUAAAGGACACUGACCUCGAACCCAAGCUUAUAACUGCCAUAUCUUCGUCAAUUAGAAACUGCAGGAGAGCAGAGCAGCUUUUUGUUACACUGGGUGGACUAGGCUACUUGAAGGAUUCUCUUGAAAGUAGUAAUCUAAAGACUAGAGAAAGGGCUAUCCUUCUAUUCAACCACUUCAUAUCACUAGACAAGGCUAGUAAACUGAUAAUGGCGACAUUAAAUCCCUACAAAAUAUUAAAUAUGCUUUUACCUCUUGACCCUGAAAAUAACGGGAUUCAAUUCACCGAACUAUCGUGUACACUAGUCUUCCUAAUUCUUCAGAAACACUCCAACGCAUUUACUGGUGGAGAGUUGGCUGCGGUCUCCAAGCUCCUGGAUAGAGAACUCAAAUCUCUGGAAUCGUUAAACGCAGUUGAUUAUGAGAAAGUUAAACAAUUGUUAGAAAAAAGCAAGGACUUAGUCUAAAUAUAUUGCACAUUUA